AUGGCGACGCCCUUUCCCAUUCCUGUUACCGCAGCCCAGGUUGGAACGUACUUUGUGGGACAGUACUAUCAGGUGCUUCAGAGCCAGCCGGAGUUUGUGCACCAGUUUUAUUCCGAUGCCAGCACCAUGCUCCGAAUCGACGGCAGCACCAGGGAAACCGCUGCCGCAAUGCUUGUAAUUACUGCUAUCAUUUUUGUUGUUCUGUUGACAGCGUUUUCGGUGGUUUUAGAAUUGGUAGCUUUUGCUGUUGCGCUAAGAGGUAAAAAAUUGGAGUAUGGGGAUGGAGAAGUCGUAAUAAUUGGGGGUAUGGUGUUGGACAUUCAUGCUACACCUUCAUUGGGAGCAAAAUCUGGAACCACUGUCCCUGGCAAGAAGAAAAAUAUUUCAGUAUUGUCUUUGUUUCAAAUGCUGAAACCAGCAAUAUGGGUUUUGUUAGAAAAAGGCAUUGAAGUGGUCUUAGUGACCAUUGGCUCUAAUGGAGUGUUUUUAUGCAAUAAAGAAGGGCCUAGCUACUUAAAAAAGCCUACAGAGAAAAUAAAUCGGAGUGGUUUUGGUGGACAAUUAUACAAGAGUUUCAUGCAAAAUUGCCCACCUAGUCCUUAUUCUGGCUUUUCAAAACUUGAUAAAAGCUCUCCUCUUUGUGCUGUGCAUUUUCCAUCUCUUCCUGCUUCAGUUGUGAGGCAUACUGGUGCGGGUGAUUGCUUAGUCGGUGGAACACUCACAUCAAUUUGUGCAGGAUUAGAUAUUAUGCAAAGUGUGUCAGUUGGCAUUGCAGUGGCUAAAGCUGCAGUUGAGGCUGAGGCUAAUGUCCCUAAUUCUUUCAAUUUAUCAGCUAUCGCAGAUGAUGCAAAAUCUGUAUAUUCCGGUGCCAAAGUUCUUUUCCACCAAUCGAUGUUGUAA